ACUGAUGGCAAAUGCUAGGGGGACAUACAGGACACCAGCUGAGUGUAUGCACCUUAUCUCUAGGUCCUUUGGUAAUACAUAGUACACGUUUUUGCAGCGACCUAGGGGAAUUUGGGACAAGAAUCCGAUUUUAACCCCCCUGGGCCACUCCUAGCAAUACACGUAAACCCUGCUGUACUUCAACGGAGAAAAUCCCUCACAAAACAUUCCUAAAUUUGAAGUAUUCUUCAAAAUUGUCUCUUAAGAAGCCGCGGUGGCCAUCUUUGUUAGGGGAACCAAGCGUCACUUCCGGCCCUGCGUUCCCUAGGUAACGGAGCAGCGGAGGAGCGAAAGGAGAAGCCCGAGUCGCUGACAAUCUAAUACUGACAGCUCUGCCACUGCCAGUCUGCACCGCGGGAGCUGCCGGCGGGGUCCCAUCUCAAAAGUGACUGGACACCACUGCGUGCGGCGCGUGUCGGGGCCGCUCUGUCGAGCAGAGUAAACACCGCUGAGUGCGGCGCGUGUCAGGACUACAUCUGGACAGCGGAUGGCGGCUCUGUAUGGAAGUAAUACGUCGCUUACAAGUAAAAGAUACGCAUCCAGCGAGCGGGCAGAGAGCCAGAGACUCCAGCCCAGCGAGGAGGAGAGCUUCUACUCCGCGUGCCGAGCUGCCUAUCUCACCGUCUUCAGGAGCAGCCUCGAAAACAUCACGGACAAGACGCAGCUGUGCCGAGUUCUCCAGCAGGCCGGACGGAACCCAUCUAACAGGACCCUUAGCAGAUACUGGACAGCAAAGACCAAGGAACUAAACUUUGAUGAUUUUUGUGCCAUUGUGAAAAAAGAGAAACCGGCCAGCAAAGCCGAACUUCUGAAAGCCUUCCGGAAGAUGGAUCCCGCUAACAAGGAAUAUAUUCUACAUAGCGACCUGCACAAGAUCCUCACUACGAAAGGAGAAAAGAUGUCUCAGGAAGAGGUGAAUGCGGUUCUCCAGUUAGCUGACGUAAACAGCAGCGGCAAACUGGACUACAAUAAGUUUUGCAGUGUGUUCCUCAGUACCUGCGACCAAUGUACCAAGACCGCGGUCGAUAGAAUGGACACUAACAGUCGUGCCAAGCGUCAGCAGUUUGGAAGCCAUAUUGAAACAUCCCCUGAACGCUCUACCUCUCCGCGUGCGCAGAAGCUUAGUGAUGGCGACACAACACCGCGAAAGGUGGAAGGCAAGUCACCCCGUCCAUCAUCAGCUCGCAAUUACAAAGCAACGAUGAGUACUGUGAUCAACAUGGCGCCACCCAGUGCACGGAGCCCCAAGCUGCCGGAGCCCAAGAACCUACAGGAGUGGCUUAGUACUCAGUCAAAGGGAUGCUUUUUCCUGGAAGAGAGCAACAUAAUUAGUCAUCAGUAUAAGUUGCAGCUGUCCCAGAAAUCUACGGUUUAUCUCACAAUCAAACCAUUAAACCUCAGCAAAGCUGAAGGGAAACCUUCCCCAUGGAUGUCUGUGGACACUGCCUUAUAUGUCCUUAAGGAAAGUGAUGGGCAGGGAGAUCCCCAGCUUGUAUCCUUCACAGAACUCCAGAACAAAGAGACGUAUGCCUGGAAAGGAGAACUCGCCGUCGGCUCGUACACCCUCAUCCCAUUUACAACUGGCUGUAGGCUGAGAAAGAGCAAAAAACAAGUCGCUAAAGAAGCCAAGCUGGUUUAUAGAGACGCCAAUGAGGAUUUAGUUCUGACUCCUGAGUUUCGAUCGGCCUUGUCAGACAUAUAUGACGUCAUUGAUUUAGACGGCAACGGCUACCUGGACCUGGAUGAGUAUAAUAUCUUUGAGCUGAGGACCAGCGGUGAGAGGUGCGAUGAGGACGCCUGGGAGGUUUGUAAAGAGAACUUUGAAACAAAGAGAAAUGAGUUGACAAGGAAAGGGUUUCUGGAUCUCAAUCUCAUGGAGGCGAAUGACCGGGAGGGAGAUCCCAGCGACCUCUGGGUGACGUUACUCGCCAUGGGCUACAACAAGGCGCUGGAAAUGACGGAGGCUUGUCCUUUCAUUAUCGACGCUUACGCUGACAAGUGCAAACCCAAACUGAAGGCUGUGAGUCUGGGCUCCAGUAGCCGGCAGCUGCAGAAGGUGCUGUGCAAAUCUGUCGUUCUCAAGGGAGACGGAAAACCCAUGGAUGGCUUCGAAAGCGCGAUCAUCUAUACAUACAAGAACGACAGCCGCAUCAGUUCUGUCAUUGAGAAUAAGUCGGAUAAGAAGAUUGUGGUUCAGGUAAAUAACGACAAGAGCAAGAACUGCACCAGCAGCCGGGGACUGAGCGUGUUUGCUGUAGAAGUGGCAGCAAGAUCAACUAUGGUGUCACAACACGUCAUGGCCAUGAACGAAAGACAGGAGUGGGUUUAUAACUGCGUGCAGAGCGUCCUGCCAUAGGUUGGGCUCGUGGAGACCUGGGGAAUGAUGUGUUAUAACUAAUGGACGCUGCUAAUAUCCUGUGAUUUAAGAAAUUUUACACUUUUUGCCAAAAAUUUUGAUUAAAUGAGCAAGUGCCACAUUCCACUCAACAAAGUGUUUAUACUGUAUGUUAUUCAUUUUGUCUCAUUACUGAAUGAUUCGAUGCAUCUCCUCCAUAUCUGGGCAGAUAGAGCAGCAAUGAGAGACCUUGUGGUUUCAGUUCAGUUACUGUCCUCACAGUCAGGGGUGUUGUAGGUACUGAGAACCCUUCCAAUAAUCUCUCCACAAAUGUACCUACUUCACCCCCGCUAUGCUCAUCAGUUCCAACUAAGGCAGGAAGUGUUUGGGGACUUUGGAUCGAAUUCAGUUAGCCGCAAAAGUGCAGUAAUUUACCGCGAUUGCAGUUUCCGUGGCUUUUAAGCUGCAAAAAUGAGCUUUUCGUGGGCAUGCACGCUCCCACAAUUCACCUAUUCAAUUGCAAAUUCACAAAAAACUUCUAUAUUGUUAUCCAAUAUUAGUUUCGCUUUUGUAGGGGGGAAGGGGCGGUACAGGCUGAUUUAACCAUUAUUUUUUUUCACUUUUUACUGCCAGCAACAACUUUUGCGGUAAUCCCAUAUUAUUGGUUAUAAUAAAAGUAUUUCUGGUACUUACAUUUGGGUCAAAUGGCUGUUAUAUGCAUUUUUUUUUUUUUAUUACAGAAAGCUAAUUUUUUUCAGUAAAAUAAGUGCUAAAAUUCAAUUCGGAGUACAUAAAAACGGGUAUAAGCAUAUAUCUGAGUCAUUUUAGGGACUUUAAAAAUAAAAUUGAAAACAGACCGAUUACUCCCACCUGCAAGUCUAAAAACACUUGUCCCACUCAUAAAGCACCCCAACACACCUGUCCCAUACUUUGUACCCCAAUUUCCAUUUUGCACUUUUACACCCCAAAAAUGACUUGUCAUUAUUUGGCCAAUUAAAAAUAAUCAAAAACUUCUAAGUGCCAAUUAGCCAUUCAGGGGGGUGUCCCAGGGGUUCAGACCCAAAUCCUGACAUUUUUUACUUAAACUUGGGGAAAAUCCCUAUUUUAUCACCUGCUCAGAGUUGGUGAAUUGAAAUUCACCGUAAAAUUACCACAAAUACGUUUUCACGGGCAAUUUAAUAGGCCUUUCGCUAAUUUAUCGCGAUUCAUAGUAAAUGUCUGUUUUUUCACGGCUAAUUGAAUGCGGCUCAUAUACUGAGAAAUAUUUUGCUGUUUGUAUUUAUUUUUAUAUUGUAACUGCAAUGAUUUGGAUAAAUAAAAAAUACUUAUACAUAG